AUCCGAAGCUUCAAUCCCUGUAACUGCAAAAAUUCGUAUUUUUAGUGACGUGAAUCGGUCUGUUGCCUAUGCUCAGGCCCUAGAGAGGGCUGGCGUCUUUAUGCUAGCUGUUCAUGGUCGAACACGGGAUCAAAAGGGACAUUCCACCGGUCUCGCCAGUUGGGAUCAGAUCAAGGCCAUAAAAAGGGCCGUGUCUAUUCCUGUAAUUUCUAAUGGAAAUAUACGUCAUCUCAAUGAUGCACUGGCAUGCAUCGAGGAGACUGGGGUCGAUGCUAUAAUGAGUGCAGGUGCUUAUUUUCUUAAGUCGAACAAUUUUUUUAUAGCAGAUGUACCAAUAAAUCUAAAUAAAUGUCUUUUAGAGCUUUUUAGUCUGCUAAUGGCCGUAACUACUUGUAAUGGUGAAUUUUUACUAGUUUGCUACUAA